GUGCUGUAUACUUUCAUACCGGCCGGCAGUAUUCGUACAAACGCCGUCGCACGCGCAGCACCGGCAAUACUUUCAGUUUUUAUUUACGUACGACGUUUUCCAACAUUUCCUUUACCGUCAAUUCCAUGUAUAUUGAAUUCGGGUAAAAAGUGGAAUUUACGUGUUGUUUAAGGGUUCUACGCCUUGGAUUUUUUUUUAGAAAUUGUGGGAGAUGAUCAUGAUCAUCACAGAGUAUUAGUGUAAGUGGAGUUAGACUACGAGUACUAAAAUGUCAAUGGUGGUGUAGUUCAAACAAUGUGUGUUUAUUCAAAUACAAUGGGCAAAACAAUGUUAUUGUUAUUUAUCUCAGUGUUAGUGUGUGUGGUCAGUGCUGAUGUUAACUCAACGGAUGCGGAACAGUUACAAGGGUCUCGUAUGGCCUGGAUUAAAGGUCUGGUGGACCAUCACGACUGGCUGGACUUACUCGACAAUGUGACGUUACCUGAUCAAUGCGCGUCCGAUUUAAGGCGGUAUGUUAUCGCUCUGAACAAAGGAGAACUGUGGGCAUCGAAAAUUUUCGACGCAUCUGGUCAAUACAGCCCCAACAUCUUGUUCGGCAACGAGUACUGGCUGGGCUCGCAGAAUGCGUGCGCUGACCUGCAGCUGCGCCAAUAUUAUGCGCAGACGCCGCCUUUCAAAACAACCUUCUUUGUUGCCAAGAUUAACCUCACUGUUGACGCUGAUCAUCUACCGCAAAGUAGACUGAUGUUAGUGGGUCAAUGCGUGCCGGCGUCCUGCAACAACAGUGAUAUUGAAGCGGUGUUAGCACCAGUAGAGACCGCGGCUAUAAAGAGAGCCCAGGACAAUGGAAUUAAAGCUUCCUUCAAGACGCUAUACGUGCGCCCCGUGCCUGGACCGUAUAAUUUAUUUGCAGAUCUCAAGGUGCAAAUCCUAGGAUCUGUAAUGAUAGUGGUGGUGUUGUGGAUGUUGGUAGCGUCCUUCUACGAAGGCUACUUGGAGCGGAAGUAUAGAAAGGCCGCGGAGUUACGUGACCUUGAAGCUCGUCAAAACAACAAUUAUAAACCCUCUCCAAUAACAAAUUUAUCAGAAGAAGAUGAGAAAAUAGAAGAUGAUGAAAAUAAAGAAUUACGUCGUGAUAGAUGUGGAGUUUGGGCUGAAUUAUUGUUAUCGUUUUCGAUACUAUCGAACGGCAGAGCAAUUUUGAGCACUCAAAAGCCUAAUGACGGAGCUCUGACCUGCUUACAUGGGAUGAGAUUUAUGUCAGUGAUAUGGGUGAUAAUGGUUCACACGUACUUAACCGUUUGGUACAUCGCCGACAACAAGACAAUGAGGAUUGUCACCGAGAGGAACUUCUUAUACCAAUCUGUAGGAAACGCCUCCUAUUGUGUUGAUACAUUCUUCUUCAUUAGUGGGUUGCUUGUAACAGUUCUUUUCUUAAGAAGCGAAGACAAAGCUGCCGCACGAAGAAUAGCGAUGGAAAAGAAGAAAACAAACAUCGAAAUAAACAAAAAUACAAAUGGUUUUACAAAUUCAGCUCUAUCAGUGUCUGUGAUAAGUCAACAAUCUUUCUCCGAAGAUUUGCUAGACCAGCCAAAGAAUAAUGUAUACUCGAAGGGAGAACUAUUUAGAAUGGUCAAAUCGUUUUUCCUUCUAGUGAUGUAUCGUAUAGUUAGGUUAACUCCAGCAUACGCUUUUGUGAUUGGUGUAAAUGAAAUAGCAUUAAGGUAUACGCAUGACAGAACAGUCUUUGAGCCGGCUAUCUUUGACCACAUUACGUGCGAUCGAUUCUGGUGGCGGAAUCUUCUAUAUAUCAACAACUUGUUCCCUCAGAAAGAGAUGUGUAUGGUAUGGUCGUGGUAUAUGGCUAAUGAUACACAGUUCUAUGUAAUUGGAAUCAUAUUAUUAUUGAUAUCAGUGAAACAUAUAAAAUUUGCGAUGGUAUCACUUAUAAUUCUGCUAGCAAGUUCUUGGGCUACGACAAUAUAUAUAUCAGUGUGGUAUCAGUAUAAAGCACGUAUUCAGGAACCCUUCGAAAUGUUUGAUCCAUUGUACGAUAAGCCGUGGUCCAGAAUAGGCCCCUACUUAAUCGGAAUGGUAGUUGGAUGGUAUUUGCACAAAACUAAAUGCCAAGUGAAGAUGCCAUAUUGGCUUGUGGUGGUGGGUUGGCCGUGCGCCUUAGCCAUUAUGGCCAGCCUUAUCUUUGGCAUGGUCGACGGCUACUUUGAAGUUUGGCCGACGGCUUUCUACGUCAGCAUUGGACAUACAGGUUGGGGUGUAGCGAUGGCUUGGGUGGCUGUGGCGUGCUGCUGCGGGUAUGGCGGGCUUGUGAACUCCGCGCUGUCGUACCGCGGCGCGCUGCCACUCAGUCGGCUUACCUACUGCGCCUACCUAGUACACCCCACCAUCAUGAUGUAUACCUCCUUCCUCAUGGACGGACCGCUGCAUCUACAGAACUCAAUAGUUUUAACAAUCUACGCUGGAUAUGCUGUGAUGGCGUUUCUAGCAUCAUUCGCCAUAUCACUAGCAUUCGAAGCUCCAGCUGUGCGACUAUUAAAGAUUGUGAGCGGCGGCAAUAAAAGUAAAAAGGGACAAUAAUAGCACUCGCGACAGACCUUGUUUUAUCACGAGUAUGCCCAUGUUUUCUCCCGAACAAUAGGAUGAAAGCAUUUCUCGAACAACCUCUGUCUAAGAGCUUUUUUUGCUUGAACAAAAAUAGGCGUUUUAUAAUAGAUGUACAUAUAUAGUUUUAUUCAAAUUGGUGUUAUGUUUUACAUCUAGUUUUUUCAGUUAAUAUUUAAAGGUCAAGUCUAACCAAAUUACUAUCUAUGGUCGAGUUACUUACUGCGUAAACAAUAUCUCGAUAAGCAAUUUAGGCCUUUUAUGAUUUGAGCUUCUUUUCAAAACUUCCUUAAUUUAACAGCAAUUUUUAUCACAAGGUUUAAAUUACUUAGUUUACCUUUUAUCAUGAAAAACAUGCCUGCGAUUCACAACUAAUAUUUUGUAAAUAUCAAGAACUUUGGGUAAAUCCCAGUCCAUCAAUUUUCAUAAAU